AUGGUGACGUCACGGUGAUCUGGUCUUUAAAACAUACUGGACGACGGACACACUGUGGCAGACAAGACAUCAAGACUGUAGCCUCCUGUGCAGCCAUGGCAUCCAAUCUUCCCAUUCUCCUUCUGCUCAUGUGCAGUCUGACUGUGGCGAAAGCCCAGCUGAAGGUGUUUGACCUGAGGGCCAGCGAUCUUCCAUCCAGCAUCCUGGGAACCACAGAUGGCUAUGUCAAGGUGAUCUGCAGCUCCGCCAUCGUUGGUCAGACAUCUGUGCGGAACAACGACAAAAACCCCUGGUGGAAGGAUGAGUUCUCCUACUUCGGGGCGCAGGAGAAUGACGUACUGAGGCUCGAGGUUCAUGACAGUGACUACCUCUUUGAUGACCUUCUUGGAGUCUGCCAGAGAAAUAUCAAGCAGGGUACCCAUGAGCACGACUGCUACCUGAAGAAAGGCGGAAUCCUUCAUUACUCCUAUACCCUAGGGGGUCAACGAGAUCAGGCCAGCACAGAUUAAUCCAACAAAUCAUGUUCAGAUUAUCCAGAAAAAAAAGAUAAAAUCAAAUAAA